AUGGAUUGCAAGGACCCCGAAUGGCAAACACGUUCAAUUCUUUGCAUGCCAAUUCGACACACUGAUGGUCGUGUUCUCGGUGUUUGUCAGCUUGUCAACAAGUCUUCCCUCCUCUCCCCACCCUCUUCUAAGGGCCAAGAGGGGACUGAAGCAGCAUGGCAACCCGAGGAGACAUGGUCUGGCACUUUCUCACGAAACGAGGAGGCUCUUUUCGAAGCCUUUGCUCUUUUCGCUGGUCUUGGAAUAGCCAAUACCCAAAUGUAUGAGCAAAUCCGUCGUGCAGAGGCCAAACAACGAAUUGCCUUCGAUGUUCUCUCUUAUCAUGCAACGGCUGCUCCUAAUGAAGCUGCCGCCCUGGCUAAAGAAUUGGUGCCUUCCUCCAAGUAUUAUAAACUCACCAAAUUCUACUUCACUGACUUGAAUCUAUCGACAGAGGAAACAGUGAAGGCGGUUCUUCGAAUGUUCUCAGAUUUGGGACUCAUUUGCCGAUUCCGAAUCGACUACACUUCACUCUGUCGUUGGGUACUUUCUGUGAAGAAAAAUUAUCGGGCCGUGACCUAUCACAAUUGGAGACAUGCUUUUAAUGUGGCGCAGACUAUGUUCGCUAUGUUCAAGGUAGGAUUACUUUCGAUGACCUAG